AGGGUUUUGAGUUAACGUUUUUCUAGUGUAAGCCUCCCCACCUUCAUCGCCUCACUCUUCCUCUACAUUACUUGGGAACCCCAAGACUCUUAAGAGUGAGUGAGUGACUGUGAAAAUGGUGGAGAAGAGCAAGGGUAGAAAGGAAGAGGUGGUUACCAGAGAGUAUACCAUCAACCUCCACAAGCGCUUGCAUGGCUGCACAUUCAAGAAGAAGGCUCCCAAUGCCAUUAAAGAGAUCCGGAAGUUUGCCCAGAAGGCCAUGGGAACAAAUGAUGUAAGGGUGGAUGUCAAGUUGAACAAACAAGUUUGGAGCAGGGGGAUCCGGAGUGUUCCAAGAAGGAUUCGGGUGCGUAUUGCUCGCAAGAGGAACGAUGAUGAAGAUGCAAAGGAAGAGCUUUACUCUCUUGUUACCGUUGCAGAGAUCCCAGCAGAAGGACUGAAGGGGUUGGGCACCAAGAUCAUUGACGAGGAUGAUUAAUUUGUGUGCCUUUGUGUUUUUUAAGUAACUAUAUCCUCCAUAGGAAGUAAGAGUUACAUUGGGCUUUUUUGGCUUAGCCUUUAGAAUUUAAUCGGACAAAAGACUGGAUCUUUCAGAUAAUUUACGGUUUAUUGUGUUCCUAUCUAGAAUUUUGGUUUUGAUGAUUUACUUAUUUUAUGAAUGUUGAGUUGAGACGAA